AAUAAGCCCUUUUCAGGUGGCAACUCCAGCAGGCGCAUGUGUUUCUCCGUAUUUACAAGAGAUUUAACAAAAACAAUCCAAUAAUGGGCAAAGGCAAAAAACCCUAUAUUGACCGCAAGAAAGCCGUCACCUUUCACCUGGUGCACCGUAGUCAGCACGAUCCACUUGUCACCGAUGAAAAUGCGCCGCAACGGGUGCUACUGGAGGCUGCCAGCAGACAGCAAAAGGGAAAGCCACAGGAUGAAACACCUAUAGAUCCCGCCAAGCGCCAGGAGGAGCAGAAGAAGUUCGGCAUUCAUUUCGACGAUGACUACGACUACAUGCAGCAUCUGAAGAAGAGGGAGAAUGACGUCGUCUGGGAAUAUAUGGAGAACCCCAACCAGGCGCGUAAGCGCCCAGAAGAAGAAAAACCAAAGCUGGUUUUGCCCAGUUCAGUGUUUGCCAGUGAGUUUGAGGAAAAAGAGGGUAUGCUUAACAAGGCUGCUCCACAAAGUCUGCGCCUUGACUGGGAUCCGGAUGUGGUGGCCGCUCUGGACAGCGACUGUGAAAACGAGGAGCUGGACGAUGACUUCGUGAUGCAGGCCAUGGGUGAGGGCGACUCCGACGACGAGGAGUGGGACGGUGACGAAGAGGAGGAUGAGGAAAUGGACUUUGAUUCGGACGAUUUAAAUGAGGAGGAUGAUGAAGAGAACGAUGAUGAGCUGAUGGACCGCUUAGCUCCACUCAUGCGGGAGCGCCGCUUUGACGACGAAGAGGUAAAGUCGCGCUUCACCGAGUACUCCAUGUCGUCCAGUGUUAUCAGGCGAAACGAACAACUCACCCUGCUGGACGAUCGCUUCGAGAAAUUCUAUGCCAGUUACGAUGAUCCUGAGCUGGGAGAUCUUUCACUCGAGGACAUCGAGGGAAACUGGCAUCAAAAGCACCCUGUCGUAAUGCAGUGCUUCCAGGAAUUCAAGAAGAAGGACAAGACGAUCGAGUAUAACAAAGAGUGGGAUCGCGAGCGCAUCGAAAAAUACCGAAAUGUGGUCGAUGGCGAGCAGGAUCCCACUGAGGAGCUGGUGGAAUACGAAGUGGAGGAUCCCAAGCAAAAGAAAUGGGACUGCGAGUCCAUUCUGUCCACCUAUUCGAAUAUCUACAACCAUCCAAAACUGAUCGACGAGCCACGGCGCAGUCGACGCUCCAGUGCCAGCACAAAUCCGGCCCCCAUUCAGAUAGAUCCCAAGACAGGUCUGCCCACAAAUGUUCUGCGAGGGGGUGUGGAUGGUCAGCUCACUGCCAAGGCCCUGGCCAACCUUGCUGAUGAUUCGCCCGCCGCUGCAGGUCCCAAAUCACUUUGUGCCAAAUCGGUGCUUUCUACCCUAAGUGUCCUAUCCAUCCGUCCCAAGGACGAGACCCCGGAAGAGAAGAAGGAGCGGAAACGCCUGCUGAAGGAGUAUCGCAACGACCGUCGCGUCGAAAAGAAGGCCAACACGGAGGCCUUCAAGGAGGAGAAGAAGCGGCAGACGCACGUGAAGAUUAACCAGCGCACCAACCAGCAGGGAGCCCCCAUUGUUUAGAAUAAGUUUCCGGCUCCAAUUCCUAGGCUUACACCGAUUUGUAUAAGCAGGCGUAUAUACUACAUAAAUAUAGUGAUAUUCUAUAACAAAGGA